AAUGAGAACAAAAUCCACUCGUCUCUCAAAAAGAACUACUUUAAAUCAAUCAUCCAUCACUAGGAUUUGUUAUUCUCUCUCUCUCUCACUCUCAACUUACCAACUACAACCAAAAGAAGAAGAAGAAUGAUGUCGAUGGAAUCAACUUCUUCUCUUGCUCCGUCGUCAGUCAUGUCUGAUCAACGAUCACCCUGGCAUUCACCGGUUCCAUACCUCUUCGGAGGCCUUGCUGCCAUGCUGGGUCUCAUUGCUUUUGCUCUCCUGAUUUUGGCAUGCUCAUACUGGAAGCUCUCCGGCUACCUCCAAAACAACCCCGACGCCGAGAGGGACAUUGAAUCUGGAGAUGGCGACAGCAAACCUGAUAAUGGCAACGACAAGCCAGCGCUCGUUUUUGAAGAGAAGUAUCUUGUAAUUAUGGCUGGACAAGCCACUCCGACGUUUUUAGCCACACCCAUUUCCAGCACAUCCUCGUCGUUUGGUAGUUGCAGUUGCCUGAGCAAUUCAACUGGGUUGACGGAGAAAUUAUCAACGUCGGAGGUGGUGAUUGAUAAAGAAGAGACCAGUUACCGGUUAGAAGUGAGGAUCAUGGAGAACGAAGAGGCUGCUGAUCAACUCCGUUGACUCUUGUUUACGAUUUGGUUUGGUGGGUUACAUGGUAAUUAGAUGGAUACUUCCCGAAAUGUACAUAAAAUCUUUGAAUUAUGAAUUCAAGGUUCCGUUCUUUUAUUCGUUAAA